AUGUCCUUGAAAACACUGCUUAUCCCCCCCGUACAGAGAAUCAUCACGAUUCCUCCUACCCGUUCUGCCGAGAACUAUACCAGUCCUCCCAAGGACUACUUUGUGCAUCUGCCCAACGAGCUGCUGAUCCUCAUCUUCUCCCUUCUCGAGGCAGAAGAAUCUCCCCAUGAACUUAAAGUAUACCAGUGGUCUCCGUUGACCAGAGUCUGUCGACGAUGGCAUGAUAUCAUAGAGAGGAUGCUGUAUCGUACCUUGUUGCUGAAAGACCGCAAUUCCCGCAUCAUCAAGUGGUGGGAGACAGACAAACCGCGCCUUUCGAAACUCCUCGUUACGUUGCAAGAGAGACCGCAUCUUCGGUCCUACGCACAGGCUUUGAGCAUCACCGUGGACGAUAUCGCCUGCUCGGAGGACAUCUUUCGCAUCGUAGAUCUGCUUCCGUGUAUACGACAGUUGUCGCUGCAUCUGGACCUGAAAGAUUCAUGCCUCCCGUUCCUGGAGAGAAUGACGAAAAUGAAACUGGAGCAACUGGAGUUCUUCGGUUAUGGAGCUGCCCCUUCCCUGAACAUGUUAUUUGACAUCUUGGAGACCAUCCCGACAUUGCGAAAGCUUGCCACCUACCGAUGGGGAUGGAGCCGAGAUGGAAGACUCUAUACCGACUUCGUGCAUGAUGACAGCGCUUCCAUCACGGCAAAGGAGCUUUCGCGCCUUCUCCAGCCGGAUAGACAACGCUCAUCUGGGUUGACCUGCCUUGAUCUCCAAGACCCAAAGACAUCGAUUGAUGUGACAGAGUGCCUGUUUCUCCGGCCAGCCCGUCUCCAGGAAGUCAGUCUCACAUCACUCUGCUACGGUCCGUAUGAUGGCCAGUAUAGGGCUACAAACAUCCAGCACCUGCUGUCAAUCCACCAAGAAACUUUGCAAAAGGUGAGUUUAGGAUCGAUCCCACCUCACGGAAGGGAGAUCCCGGACUUCUCGAAUUUUCCGAGUCUUCAGGCGCUGCACAUCACCCUCUACAAAGCGGAUGCUAGCGGCUGGCAAUCGCCCAUUUCGAUCUAUAAUAGGAUCGCAGCACCGUGUUUGCGUCAUCUGGAGAUCGAUCUGGGUAGUGACCGCGAGCCCAACGACCGGUGGAUGACCGACUUCAUUGCGCUCGUGCGCCUUGGACGGCAGCAGACUCCUCCUCACACCUGCCUCGAAUGCGUAGAGUUCAAGUUCCGCAGGUUUGGUGAUUUGGCCAUGGGAUUGGCCCGCAGAAGCAGCGUCAACUGCGAGAGUGUGCGGCAUUGCGUUGACGUACCGUGA